AUGAAACUAUCAACAACAACUAUUAUUGGACUAUUUGUCUUUACUUUUGCUUUACUUUCAAUUGCAGAAGCAAAGUUUAUUAUUUCUGAAAGGGAAUUUAAUAGCAUGUUCCCAAACCGUAACAAAUUUUACACUUACAAGGGUUUGGUUGAAUCACUCAAUUCCUAUCCUGCAUUUGCCAAUGAAGGAGGUAUUACUGGAGAAAAGAGAGAAAUGGCAGCUCUCCUGGCUCACGUCGACCAUGAAACUGGUGGAUUAAAGUAUAUUCGUGAAAUCAAUCAAGCCAACUGGAACUCUUAUUGUUCACCAGCCGGAUCAUGUGGUGGAAAGCAAUACUAUGGUCGUGGACCACUACAAAUCUCUUGGAAUUACAAUUAUGCUGCUGCUGGAAAGGCUCUCAAGUAUGACCUACUCAACAACCCAGACUUGGUUGCUACCAAUGCCAAGAUUAGUUGGUCUACUGCUAUCUGGUUCUGGAUGACUUCUACCGGUGCCGGUGACCGUACUUGUCACAGAUCAAUCGUCGCUGGAUCAUUCUCUGGUACCAUCAAAACCAUCAACGGUGCUUUAGAAUGUAAAGGUAAAAACACCGAUCAAAUGAAUUCGCGUAUCAAUGCUUACAAAAAGUUUUGUGGUAUCGUUGGUGUCAAUCCUGGUAAUGAUUUGGCUUGCUAA